AUCUGGGGGACUUUUAUAAAAGUGUUGCGGCAAUCAUUUUGAAAUUACGUUAAUCAACACACAGGACUUUACUACACGUGUCUGUUUAUUUAAAUGAUUAUGUUAUAUGUUGUGUUACAUUAUAGUCUUGUCUAGCAUGCGAUUUGACGUUACCAUACACUUUAUCUUAUCAGCAUUUAUUUAUAAUGUCAGUUGGGUUUUGGGGUAGGGCACAGGUGGACAUCAUUUCCCAUGAUGCAUUUCACCCAUGACGAACGCAGCGGGAGGAGCGUCCCUAUUUUUCACUCUCCAUUUUUUAUAUUUACCAUAUUUAUUUAUUUAUUUAUUUGUUUUUUCCAGCAGCAGUAUGAAGCGCGUUGGCGUCGGGAUUAUUUAGCAUCAGUAUUGUGUGACGACUGGAACCUAACGCGUUAUUUUACAUGACACACACGCACACACACACACACACACACACACACCUUCAGCAGAGCAACACAAUAGGAAAGACGAACAAAAGCCACGUUUAUCCGUCUCUGCUGUUUUCUCUCAUUCCAGGCGAUCAUUGGGGAAUAACAGGCGAACGCAACAAUGUGCGUUUAAAUGACAACAGAGUGUUUGGAUACACAUGUGAAGAUCUGAUCUCAUGUUUUAGGAUUGAAUCGCCUGUGAGAGCAGCACGUUGAGAGCUGAGGGCUGGACCCGGAGAGCACCACAGAUUGUCAGAGAUCGGAACUUAUCUCAUCUCGCAAGAUUGUUAUUGAUCGUCGAUGAUAAAUGUUCGGUGAUAACGGAUGGUGUGGUGUGUUAGUGAACGGCGUUUGGAGGAGUCACUCAUGUGCGUGAAAAAAGACUGGUAGCAGGAAAGACGAGCCCAGAAACAAGGAAGCGAUCUUUUUCUGUCUCUAUCUCCCCCCCUCUCUUACUCUCUCUUAUUGUGUUUUCACAAGAAAACAUCAUUCUAAUGCUCGAUCAAGGAGUAUGCGACUCCACACAAGUUGAAUGCAGAGGGGAUGUCUGGCAGUAAGGCGCUGGGAGGGGCGCGGCGGCGACGGACACGUUGCCGGCGCUGUCAAGCCUGCAUGCGGACUGAGUGCGGCGAGUGCCACUUCUGCAAAGACAUGAAGAAGUUUGGUGGACCGGGCCGGAUGAAGCAGUCGUGUCUGCUCAGGCAGUGCACUGCGCCGGUGUUGCCUCACACAGCCGUGUGUUUUGCGUGCGGUGAAGCGGGGAAGGAGGACACGGUGGAGUCUGAGGAGGAGAAGUUCAGUCUGUCUCUGAUGGAGUGCACCAUCUGUAAUGAGAUCAUUCACCCCAGCUGUCUGAAGAUGGGUAAAUCUGAAGGCAUCAUUAAUGACGAGAUCCCAAACUGCUGGGAGUGUCCAAAGUGCCACAAGGAAGGAAAAACCAGUAAGGAUCAGGGAGACGGUUUAGGAAAGAGACGGAUGGACAACGGAGAGGUGAGUCGCUGGAAACUGACCGACGAUCCGCCACCGAGUAAAAAGAAGCCGGCGUCUCUGGAAGACACGGCUCGUCAGGAUGGACAUAAGCGCAAGAAAGAGAAAGAUCUGCCUCAGGAGAGCGCUUCCAAAAAGAAGGUCAAGGGCGCCCGUGAUAAGCACCUGAAAAAGAAAAUGAAACCCAACUCCUCCGACUCUUCUGAAGCAAACGGGCCCAACUCGUCUUCAGCUGGAGGCCACGGUUCUUCUGGAGGUUCCGCUGCAGCGCAGGCCUCAUCUUUAACUCCAAGCCUGGACCAGCGCUCUCAUCACCGUGAGAAACUGGAACGCUUCAAACGCAUGUGUCAGCUUUUUGAGCGAGUGCCGGACUCUAGCUCUUCCUCAUCGUCCAGUUCUGAAAGUGACUCCGAAUCGGUCUCUGAAUCACCAUCUCCUGCCGCCGCCUCCGAACCGUCCUCUCCGACCCCCACGUACGGCAACAGCAGCGCCCGCGAACGCAGUCGGCGUCUGGCAGAACUGGGCUUCAGUGCCAGCGAGGACUCUGAAGGUGAGAGUUUCGUAGCAGAAAAGGAGCAAGACAACACGGACGAGCCACAGCCACAGCGGCGUCGGGGAGAGGCGACCCACAGGGUGCGUAAAGUGGUUAUGGACACGGAAGCUGACGAUGAGGAAGGCUCAGGGGACCGCACUCGCAAGACCGCCACGCUGGCCCCAUCAUCGCCACUGUCAACGACCCAAGCACCGCCCAGCGGACACGGGCUUACGUCGGAGGGUGUGUCCUCAUCCAGACGCACUAAUGGACAGGAGGCACGCAACGGCCGCACGCGGGCGGGCGGUCGAGAAACUCAAGAGAAGGAGAAUUCCAACAGCGGUAGCGUGGCUAAUCACCGGCAUGGAGCCGCUAAGUCCGUACGUGGCAGCAAGAUUCGCAGCGGAAGCCGGCAAGGCCAGAACAUUCCCUCAAAUAAGAGCGGGGAUACGACAGCGGUGGGUUCUGGGACUGCUAAUGGCAGUAGUGCCACAUCGAACCUGUCGAACCCCGUCAGUGGCUCGCUGCCGUUGCAUCGCUCUCAGCAGUCCCGCUUGGGGCCCACGCGCUCUCAGCUGGUGAAGCGUAGUCCUGCCGCUGUGCCCUCCCCUCCGAGGCCUGUACAGAUGGAGCGGCACUUGGUCCGUCCGCCACCUGCCUGCCCUGAGCCGCACUGUUUGCUGUUGGACGGCGGCGCUUCGCACGUGCUGCCGAGGGAGGUGUGGCUUCGUGUCUUCCAACACCUCAGUCAACGGCAGCUGUGUGUCUGCAUGCGGGUCUGCCGCACCUGGAGCCGCUGGUGCUGUGAUAAGAAGUUAUGGACACAGAUUGAUUUGAGUCGACAGCGCUCCAUAACGCCCAUAAUGCUCAGUGGUAUUAUCCGUCGACAGCCGGUAUCUCUGAACCUCGGUUACACUAAUAUCUCUAAAAAGCAGCUGAUGUGGCUGAUAAACCGUUUACAAGGUCUGCUGGAGUUGAACGUGUCGGGCUGUCCGUGGUCAUCAGUUUCAGCGCUCUGUCAAUCUGUGUGUCCGUGCCUCUGGCUCCUGGAUCUCAGUCGGGUGGAGGAUCUCAAAGACUCGCACCUUAAAGAACUGCUGGCUCCGCCCUCUAAUGACACACGCUCAGCUCAUGGAGAAAACCGAGGUGGACGUUUCCAGAAUGUGACGGAGCUGAGGCUGGCUGGUUUGGAGGUGACGGACGCUGUGUCCCGCCUCUUAGUGAGAUAUCUGCCUCAUCUGACCAAACUGGACCUGAGUCAUUGCUGCCACAUCACAGAUCAGACCAUCUACACACUGACAUCACCAAUGUCUCCGCUCCGAGAGAGUCUAACACACGUCAACCUGUCAGGGUGUGUAAAGGUGACGGAUCAGUGUUUGUCUCUGUUGCGUCGCUGCGUGUCGCUGCAGAGCGUUGACUUGCGUUCAUGCGGCACGCUCGCCCCGGACAUCUGCCAACUGCACUGCUUCCCCUCUCCUGAAGACAGACUGCUGCUGAAGAACAGCUAAAAACACACAACACAACACACACACACACACUGACGCUCUUACUCCCUGGAUCGGACAAAUCAAAUCCAUGUACAUAUAUAACUGUGUGUGUGUGUGUGUGUGUGUGUACAUUUGUAGUUUGCUGUAAAUUAUUUACCCGUGUACACAGAUCCCGCCCCCUCAUCCUGAAGUCCCGCCCCCUCUCCUAUGCCGAAUGUUGAAUUUAUCCGAGCGUGUGUGAAUGUGACGGAGGUGACGCCGCGGUGUGGUUCCCGUGGGACAGCUGUCACUCUCUUCAGCUCUGCUGUUAACAUGUAAGGUGACGGAUGUCUUCUGUCCGUGGGUCAUUUCUCUCUUCGGGUCAGGAUGCUUGCUGUGUCCAUUCACCGUCUACUCUCUGCUUUCUAUUCCUCUUGUGUUUCUAUAAGCUGAAAGUCUGAGGGCUUGUCUUUGAUUUACUGUCUCCAUUAAAGCUGCUGCUGACCCGCCGGCGUCACUCGUGCUGACCCACCGGUGUUUUCGAAGCAUGGUUCAGUAUUAUCAUGAAACCCAAAGCAAGCACGGAUUGAACCGGACUAUGUCAUCCUCUUCCGUGCCAUCAUGUGCACGCUGACAUCGCCGUCUGUUUCUUCCUAAAGCAGCUUGUGUUUAAUCUCCCGCAGCUUCCAGAAUGCGAUGCAUGUCGACAUCUUGCACUGACUGUAUUCCUUGCACACUUUACUUCAGUAUUGGGUCCAGUACAUCACAGCUGAAUGUGUUUGACGGCAGUACGGGAAGAAAUGACAGAAUUCCAUUGCGCUGUUGUAACUCCACAGACGGCAUCCUCCCUUAAAAGUGAACUCAAAAGACCACCACCAUGAUGUAGUUGCAACUGCGGAACCUGAAAUGUUUUUGACACCAUAUUGAUACAAAUGAUCCUUAUCGUGAUGUUUUAUUUCAUGUACAUUUUAGGGAUCAUGUUCUGUGCCGUUUAACUUGAGUUACCUCCAUCUGAAAUGACCUGUGCGUAGAUAACGGUUACAUAUCAAACACUGACUUCAGCAUAUGUUUGUUUUGAAAGGAAUCGAAUCGAAACAAAGCCGACAGAUGACAGAUUCCUAUGUCAUCUUGAUGUGUUUCGUAUGGGUUCAAAGGCCACGUUACAGAAAUGCCAUGUCUGAACUGAACUGAGUAUUGGGUUUGGAUCCAUAGUACUAUAUCUUGCCAAAAUGUCCUUUUUUCUUUUUUUCUAUUUUUUGGUUUUUCAUAUUUCUUCCAUUGCAUUGAUCUAAGUGAUUAAAGAUAGAUAAAACAAUGAGAAAAAGAGAAACUCAAGGCAGCUACUAUAAGAGUGACUACUGUAAAAUGUCUAACUAAAUAAAGACAGUGGGGUUGUUUUUA